CGGAACAACCCUUCGGGAGGACUCAAGCGAAAAAAGGAGAAGGAUCCUCAAGCAUGGUGCCCAAACCCUUGAUUAAAUGGUUUGAGCAACUCAGCACUUCAUUGUCCAAUUUGUUGAGAUGCAUGCGAAGAUGCUUCGGGUUAAACAACAAGCGAGAGUGGAGAAGCUUGAGCAAAGAUGCAAAGAAAAAACGUUGCAGCUUGUCAUCGAGUGCCAACGCCUGGAGCAAGAAGACUUCAAAAUCAUGACCAACGACGUUGAUAAGCUUGGUCCGGUGGAGCGUGCAGUGGUGAUGAGGAUGAAAAAUACGAUAUCCUGGAGUAUUAACAUUAAAAACUUGGCAUUAAUGCAGUUUGAAAAUGUGGUUUACAAGAUUAAACCCACAAGGAAAGAAGGUUGCCUAUCGUUAUCUAAAACGAAGAAACAGAAAGCGGAAGGGGAGAAAAUGAUCUUGAAAGGGGUAACAGGAAUAGUAUUUCCCGGCGAGGUUCUGGCGAUGUUGGGCCCCUCGGGGAGCGGCAAAACCACGCUCCUCACAGCGCUAGGCGGUCGUCUGGGCGGGCGCCUGAAAGGAUCCAUUACCUACAACGGGAAACACUUUUCGAACGUGAUGAAACGCAACACCGGUUUCGUCCCCCAGGACGAGAUCAUGUACCCCGAGCUCACGGUCAGGGAGACACUAGUCUUCGCGGCGCUUCUACGCCUGCCUAGAACAAUAUCUAGGCAGGAGAAGAUUGCCCGGGCCGAAGCUGUGAUAGCUCAGCUCGGCCUGGGCAAGUGCAAGAACAGUGUGGUGGGGGGCCAGUGGAGGAGGGGGGUUUCGGGGGGAGAGAGGAAGCGGGUGAGCAUCGGGCAGGAAAUGCUGGUGAACCCGAGCCUGCUGUUGCUGGACGAGCCGACGUCGGGGCUUGACUCGACGGCGGCGCAGCGGAUCGUGAGCACCAUGCGGGGGCUGAGCCGCGGCGGGAGGACGGUGGUGAUGACCAUCCACCAGCCGUCGAGUAGGCUGUUUUAUAGCUUCGACAAAGUGAUGUUGUUGUGUGAAGGAAAUACAUUGUAUUUCGGGAAGGGGUGUGAGGUGAUGAACUAUUUCUCCGGCAUUGGGUUCUCCCCUUCGGUCUCCAUGAAUCCUUCCGACUUCUUGUUAGACCUCGCAAACGGUGUUCUCGAUGAUGAUCAAUCGUCAUCGCCAAAUCCAAUUCAAGUUAAAGAGACGUUGGUUUCCGCUUUCAAGGCGAAUCUUCAAGACGCGUCGAAAGAGGAGCUGCAACGUGAAACACCACUACAUGACAGUAAUGAGGUUUCUCCGAGCAGUUCAGGCGAGGAGGAGAGGCAUUUCAAUGGGUGGUCAAUUCCAUGGCGAGAGCAAUUCUCGGUGCUUCUUAAGAGGGGACUGAAACAGCGCAAGUCUGAAUCCUUCUCCGGCCGUAAGGUUGCCCAGAUUUUGGCGGUGGCUUUACUAACCGGCGCUUUGUGGUGGAGAUCUAUUGACCUGCAAGAUCAAAUUGGGCUUUUAUUCUUUUACUCAUCAUUCUGGGGAUUCUUCCCACUAUUUCAAGCAAUUUUCACAUUCCCAACAGAAAAAAUGAUGCUAAAAAAGGAGAGGUCUUCGGGGAUGUACAGACUCUCAUCGUUCUUCGUGGCCAGGACCGCAUGCGACCUUCCCAUGGAACUCGUCCUGCCCACCGCUUUCGUCCUAAUAACUUAUUGGAUGGCGGGGCUAAAACCCGCCCCCCUCAACUUCCUCUCCACCCUAUUUGUCAUCCUACUAUGCGUGUUGGUCUGCGAAAGCCUCGGGCUGGCCAUUGGCGCGUUCAUGAUGGAUCAGAAGGCAGCUGCCACUUUUGGGUCCGUGGUCAUGUUAUCGUUCCUUCUUGCUGGCGGGUUUUACGUAAGGCAAGUCCCGUAUUUCGUAGCUUGGAUCAAAUACAUAUCGAUCGGGCAGUACACCUUUAAGCUCUUGUUAGAGGCGCAGUUUAAGCCGGAAGAGACGUAUCGGUGUUCCUCGGAAGGAGGCAUUUGUGGGGUUAAGAAUCAUCCUUCUAUUGAGAAAGUAGACCUUGGGAAACAUGUGACCUUUUCUGUGCUUGCUUUGCUCAUCAUGCUUGUGGGUUACAGAGUACUUGCAUAUGUUGCCUUAAUGAAAGUUGGGAGAACUAAGAAGCUAAAAUAGUUUAAUUCACUCCAUAUUUGAUACUUUGAUAGUACUUGGCAAGGUUUUAUUGGCCAUAUUCACUUUCUUAAAACCUCAAUUACGAUGUGUUUCGAAUUCUAUAUUUCUUUCUCUUUAACUUUAAUAGUUAGGAGAAUAAGUGCUUGCAUUGCAUACUAAAACAUGCUUUUUCAAAAAGAUGUUCCAAUUCUGAUGACUUUUAGGAAAUUUAACCGAAGAAUAUUUUUGUUUUUGACUUUCCAAAAAUACUCUUGAAGUGAUGAGUAAAAGUAGGAUGUGAUG